AUGCGUGUGACCAAGGGCUGUGCUCGCUGUCGCCAUCGUCACGCCCGCUGUGUAGUACCCGCCGGUGCGUCAUCGUGCUCGCGCUGUACGCGUCUAGGCCGGCAAUGCCAUCUCCAGCCGCGCUUCCAUUUCAAGCCUGUCCGCCAUAUCUGGCAGCAAUGCGAGGAUGCUCCCUCGCGCUUCGAUCUCGUUUGGGAUGAACAGCAGGUCUGGGUCGGGGUUUCAAGCCCAGUGACCUUCGUGCGAGAGACCGACGACUUUAGACGUGAAACCCCCGAGCCGGACGAGAAUGACCGGGGCUUUGAGCUCGCAUAUUCAGCGCCAGACGAUAGCCAACUCACACUUCCAGAACUGAUUGAAUCUAUUCCGACCGAAAUACCCUCGAACGAUUCCACCAGUCAAGAACCAAGUGAUGUCGCAGCACCGUCCCCGCGAGAGGCAUACUUGAUCCGCUCUUAUAUUCAAAAGAUUGCAGCCGUAGCAGAUAUAUGUGACCCCCAGUCGCACUUCAGCACCGAAGUCCCACGCCGAGCACUAGAGGAACCGAUGCUUCUAAAAGCUCUCCUAGCCCUCGCUGCCAGGCACGAUGCUAUAUUGACAAAUAACGACGACUGCGAAGCAUCAGGCUUCCACGGAGAAUGCCUACAAUUACUCAUCAUCGCCCUAAAUCAACCAGAGGAAACCUACGACGAUAACCUCCUCAUCACCGUCGUCGUCCUCCGGUUCUACGAAGAACUCGAAAGAACAACAGACAGAAAAUGCCACCUCCUCGGAUCCAACCGCCUCCUCAAUCUCAUGUCUCGGUCUGCGUCGUCGGGGGGAUUGGCCGAGGCAGUGAGCUGGCAAUUCCUGCGUCAAGCUAUCUAUUCGUCUAUAGCGCAGUAUGAGCCGAUACAACUGGAUUUGCGGAAUUAUGAGCGCUCUUCGGUCUUCCAUCGGGAUGAUGAUGCGGCACUAGCGAAUGCGAUUAUCUUUUUCUGCGCGCGUAUUGUUCAGCUAUGUUGCGCCGUGCCGGGAUACGCUAUUGAUCGGAAAAGCUGGCAGCGACUGGCAGAUUGUGUCGAGGAGUGGCAUUGCAAUAUGCCGCGGAGUUGGCAGCCACUGCGAUAUCAGCCGCCCAAUUUGUCUGCGGAUCAACCUUUUCCUGAAUUAUGGAUCAUGUCGCCGCCUGCUGUCGUUGGGUUGCAAUAUUACCACGCCUCUAGAAUAUUCCUUACAUUAUCAGAUGCACCAUCGCAACAAAUGACAGAUUAUGAAAUGUCGCGAGCCCGCCUCAUCGCAGAGAAAACAGUUGCAAGCCACCUUGUAAUGGCUAUUGGACUAUCAUUAUCGAACGAAAGUGUUCAAAACAGCUACUUCAUCGCCUCGCAUUUGCUUCAACGCUUUGGAUAUUGCUUGAGGCAACCAGCUGAGCAGCAGGGAGCGCUGAGAUUUUUGUCUCGAGUAGAGAAGAACCUGGGGUGGCGUACCUCGUGGAUCGGGCGAGAAUUAGAGCAACAGUGGACAGAGAGGGCUACAUUGAGCUCUUGA